GGUUGGCGGCUAUUUCAAGAGCCAUAUUCAGGAUGACCAGUACUUUGUCACUUACACCAUUGAGCCCAUGCUUGAGUUGCUGUGGAUUGAGGAGAUCGCACACGAGGACACCAGCUAUAAAGUCCUCUUCCCUAUCACAACACCUCCGAUGGCCAGGCCUCCACAAGUUCGCAACUACACGCCCUUAGACACAGUUCCUGAGCAGGCAGUGUUUGUGCUUGAGUUGGGGACCUUCAACCUUGAUGUGGAGCUGCUGAACAUCACCUUUCCCACCAUGGUGCUAACUGUUGCAGAGUGCAACGCCAGGGGCUUCAAUGUUCAGGAGCAGAGAUCCCCGGACAACACCUUGAAGACCUUCAGGAUGGAGGUGCCCUUCUCAGACCCGGUGGUCUUUAAGGAGAGAAGGGUGGAACAAGGUGUCACAACCUUCACUCUUCAGCUGAUCUACGGCCUGGUCAUCUUUCCAGAGUACGCUCCUUUCUCUCACUCUGCCGUUGUGGACGCUGUACUGCUGGACAUUGUGCCACCCUCAGUCACUGGCAACUGUGAUCAGGAGAACUUCCACAUCACUGUGGACUACAGGAACCAAGAGCCCUUUUUUGUGGUCUUGGUUGGCAAGCGGCUGCUUAACCAUGAGUUUGCUCAACAGUAUUUAACAGAGGGCGACACAGACUUCACCAUCACGUUGCCCUUCUCUUCGCCGGACGCAGUGUUUGAGUCGGUUCACUCGUCCUCUGUCAGGAGCAGACUGGAUGUGGCUCUGUUGAAUCCUUACAACAACAUGACCAUCAAAUACUUUUCCCUGGCUUGCAGCUUCCUCAAAACGCUGACUGAGUGUUUCUCUAACGGAACGAUGACUGCGCUGGCGGUGAAGGUGGAUUCUGUUCCCGGUCUGAACCCCGGUCAGCUGACCCUGAGCGACCCCGCCUGUGGUCCCACCUACAGUGACGAUCGCUUCGCCUACUUCCACUUCACUGUGAACUCCUGUGGCACCAUCAGGAAGUUUAUCAACAAUGUCAUGCUGUAUGAGAACGAAAUCUCAUUGCCAGAUGAACUUGAGGUGAAGCUGAAUGCCACGACAUCUUCAGAGGAGGAAUAUCAGUUAAAGGUUUCCUGCUACUAUGUGGCCAACAUCACUCGCACAUUGGCCUUCCUGACCAGGCCGCGUGACAACGAGCCUUUUGCCGAGACUGGGACGGGUCGCCUAAUGGUCAGAAUGAGACUCGCACAGGACGCCUCGUAUAACACAUUCCACCAGGAGGAGGACUAUCCAGUGGUGAGGUACCUGAGACAGCCUCUGCACUUUGAGGUGGAGCUGACCACGUCCUCUGAUCCCAAGGUAGCGCUGGUGCUUGACCACUGCUGGGCCACCCUCAACGAGGACCGUGACUCCCGACCCCGGUGGAAUCUCAUCAUUAAUGGCUGUGAGAACCCCGAGGAUCCAUACAGUGUGGUCUUCCACCCGGUAGUAGCUGAUGCCAGGGUCUACUUCCCCCCUCACGUCAAACGCUUUGAGGUCUAUAUGUUUUCCUUCGCCGAGGAUGCGGUUGAGCCGAGUGGCCAGGUCUUUGUCCAUUGUGAUGUGGUCAUCUGUGAUGCCAGUAGUCCCUCUGGCGGCCCCUGUAGUGGACAAUGUGUGAAUCAGGACAACCCGAAAAGAGGUCAACGACAUGUCAAAGACCUCUCUGAGGAGCAUCAUUUAUAUGUUUCUUCUGGAUACAUUCUUUGGGUGUAAUGUCUUGUUCUAACAUGUCAAAUAAAGUGUUCUAUAUAAAACAA